AUGCCCCUUCCAAUAUUUGCAGAUUGGGCUAGCAGUCGAAGAUCUUCAGCCCUUCAUCGACACCAGGAACAGCCCCGCAAUUUCCGUGCACCACAUUCUUGGGAACUGGAUAUUGUAGAUGAUAUGAAUUUACUAUCCGGCACUUUUCCCUCGGAUUUCGACUCUGUGGGGGGAAUGCUUCGUUACCCAGUUGUGUCUUCUCAAGAGAGCAAUUCCGAGGACUCAAGCUCGAGUUCCAGCGAUGAUCUGUCUUUGGAACAAGACACUAAUGAGAGGGUUGAGUUAGAUGCAUCUCGGCGUCGCCACGAAGUGCUUCCAACUAUGAAUUUGACCAGAUCUUCGAGUUUUUUGGCUGCGGCCCAGGAAGAUCGGCUGUCUGACAGCCAUGACUCUCCUAUCCCCAGUGAGUUGAUAGAAGAGGAGAGAGAACUUUUGUCACUUAUGGGCAGACGACGCUUUCCGGCUGCCGGGAUCUUGAGAGGUGAUGCUUUCCGUUUUCCAGAGGUAACAGACAGGCCUUUAGGGAACUCCGAUUUUACUGUGCAGCCAAGGCUACCAUUCAUUACCCGCAGACUUCUCUUAUCCUCUGCCCGCCAAAACACUCGAAAUGAAAACACUCUCAUUGACAUGCAUCAUGAUAACAACACUAUGCAGCCGGGUGGCCCGGGUCUGGUUUCCGAGGCUGUACCCCUUCGACGUCAGAAUGCCAUCCGGCGGUUGACUACGUCUCUGCCUUCAGCUACAUUUAACAAAAAGGCAAGCUCGCUUAAGAAGAUGUUGAAGAAAUUUCUACAGUCUAUCAAAGAACAUGAUCCCGCUUUUGGGACAUCUCCAUUGUUCACAGACAACCAUAUCUGGAACAACAGCCUUUUCCCUAUUUCGCACUACCGCAGCCAACAGAAUGACCCGUAUUCGAUUGAAGACGAUAUGAACUACGUGCUUUUAUGGCAGAAAAGUCGUAAUCGCUGGCAAAAGAAUAUAGUUGUGGAUGACCCCGAACAAGGUGCUUUCCACGAUAUGAGAAUGAAACGAAAAUACGCCCUUGAAACCAGCUCCACCAGGAAGAAGAUGAAAUCCAGGUCUAGUUCAAAUGCUGGCCUGGAAAACAAGAAGUACUCUAGCUUUCGCGACCAUAGAAAUGGUGAUUCCAUAUUCUUGAGCGAAUUGUCAAGAGCUAACAAAAUUCUUAUAUUAAAUGGUCUACUGUCGUCUCUCUUCCGAAGCGGGUCGAAAUUUUCUGUUGGCUUCGAUCCUUUACUGCCUUCGGGCCAUGACGUGUUGGAAAUGGCAAUGACAAACGUAUGCCACGGAGACGCUCAGUUGGAUGGCUUCUUUCAACCUGCAGCUGAUAACGACAACCGCAAUCUAUUUCAUUUGAAGAUUUUUUUGACUAUAUUGAUCGGCAACACCCGAAUGAAUGAUGGUAGACUUCUUCGAGACCUCUUGGAAGUAUUGUUUUGCGCCAUUGCAUCUCCAAAAAUGCUGUCUGAUUCACAAAAAAAACGUUUCAACUUCAGAAUACCUUUCACCGGUGCUUUGAUAAACUUCAAAGAUCAAGACUUGAGGUUCUUACAAGGUGAUAAUGAUGAUGGUAGCGUGACGCAAAGAUCUAGCAAUUCCCGCAUAGGACUACAAAUGGCCGAGUGGUUGAAGAUCAACCCCUUUACACAACUCACAGAGGCAUUUUUCUUGAACAGACUCAAAUUUUCAAUUAACUGUUUAAAGAAUCUACCCGAAAUACCAAAAAAGCAUCAAAAGGCUAUUUUCGAAUUCUGCAAAAAUUUGAUCGAUGAGAGUUGGUUAUUGACGAAAAGCUUUAGCCUGCUUCGUCUGUCCCAAAUCCGAGCAAUAAAGAAUAGUUUCGAAUCUUAUGAACGAAAUUUUGCAGGAGAAUCACGUCAAGUAAAUUUUUCUCGGUCCACGGAAAAUAACUUUAUACGUAAGUGGAACAGCGAGCUUUGCAACAAACUUGGGGAUUUUGCCGGUUGCGCCGACUCCUGUUUGCUAAACUUGCAGCUUAAUUACGUCCUAUUUACGGUGGAGAUUGAUAUACACAAAAGUGUGAGCGCCAUUCUUGAUACGAUUUCAAGAGAUUUGCCCCCUAGCGUUGACAGAGAACUUCUAACGGAGAUUGUUUCCACUCAUCAAAAAGAAAGAGUAGCAAAUGAGAAGAGCCGAACGAUUCUAAUUUGUUCACUCGAUAGAAAAACGGGGCGGCUUGAAUUGCUGAAAGUUGAUUCCGAUGCUGAUUUUAAAAUCCCUGGUGCGCCGCGAAGAUAUUCUGUUGCACAUGACCCUUCAGACUCCUAUGGUGGCACACCAUGGGCUAACUUGAACAAUAGCAACAUUCCACAUGAGGGGACCUCAUUUCCCUAUCCUCCGACUUUCGGUGAAAGAGAUAUUAUGUUUGGAGUCCCAAAACAGGGGAGUGCCGAUGUUACAAAUUGGAAAGAAAAGGACAAUUUCCUGGGUUAUAUAUGA